UGACGCCUGCCCAGGGUUCCCGGAAGCGCCUUGCUCCUGUGUGCGAAAGAAAUGUUUUCACUUGUUUAGGCAAGUGGUGGGGUUCCGUGAGAGCUAAAGGUUAUAUUCUACCUUCAGACAGUCGUUUGGCCACCUGUCCCUCCUUCCCGCUAACUUGCUGAUGUGCCCCCUCCAUAAAACCUGCUAUGUGGUUGCACGCUACUAGCUGAAUAUCUUCCCCAUAGCGGGGAGAAAGAAAGUAGCCACCUUCAAUCCAUGUGACAAUAGUUUCCCAGUGUUGUUUGCAGAACUGGUUGUUGGAGGACGCACUUGGGCGCAUCCUGAAUGUCUUUCCUAUCAGGCAGAGGAUCACAACUUUUGAGGUAAAGCACUUCUCCCAGGACAGGACGGGGAAACGGCAGGACUUCUGUCUCUUUCCCAAGGGAAUGAAAGAGGAGUGAAGAAGCUGAGCUCCAAGCAACUGCCUUUGUUGUCUGAUUCCAGAGCUAGCUAUGUAAUGCUGCUGUGGCUGAUGCCCUGAGAUGGCCAAAACGGGCACAGAUGAACCUCAGUUACCACAGGACUAUGGGGAUCCCACUUCACAGGUCAAAGAUGAGUGGUCAGUGGCGAAGACGGAGUCUCAGAGCACUGUGAAAAUUGAAGUGGUUUGCACAGAUGAUGGCGAGAGCUCUACGCAUAGCACUGCUGAGGAGCCGGCUCGCAAGCGCAAAAAGGGACCUGCCCCCAAGAUGUUGGGGGACGAAGUCUGCAGUGUGUGCGGGGACAAGGCCUCAGGCUUCCACUAUAACGUCCUGAGCUGUGAGGGCUGUAAGGGCUUCUUCCGGCGCAGCGUCAUCAAAGGAGCGCAGUACACCUGCAAGGGCAGCGGGCAGUGCCACAUGGACAUGUACAUGCGCCGGAAGUGCCAGGAAUGCCGCUUGAAAAAGUGCCGACAAGCAGGCAUGCGGGAGGAAUGUGUCCUUUCAGAAGAACAGAUCCGCAAGAAGAAGAUCCGUAAACAUGAGGGCGAUGGGGUGCCAGCUGGGGAGAGAGAUGGAGGUGAAGUACUUCGAGUGCCUCCUUUGCCCUGUGACCCUGCUUUAUCCCAGCCUGAGCCAGCUCCUCUUACGCCCCAGCAGGAGGGCAUGAUCCAGCAGUUGGUAGCAGCCCAACAGCAGUGCAACAAGAGGAGCUUUAGCGAUCAGCCCAAAGUCACGCCCUGGCCAAUGGGUAGCGACCCCAACAGCCGGGAGGCACGCCAGCAGCGCUUUGCCCACUUUACAGAGUUAGCCAUCAUCUCAGUGCAAGAGAUUGUGGACUUUGCCAAGCAAGUGCCCGGCUUCCUGCAGCUCUCGCGGGAAGACCAGAUUGCACUGCUCAAGGCUUCCACCAUUGAGAUCAUGUUACUGGAGACAGCCCGGCGCUAUAACCACGAGACCCAAUGCAUUACGUUUCUUAAAGAUUUUACGUACAGCAAGGAUGACUUUCACCGUGCAGGUCUUCAGGUUGAGUUCAUUAACCCCAUAUUUGAGUUUUCCCGGGCCAUGCGACAGUUACAACUGGAUGACGCCGAAUAUGCUCUCCUCAUUGCGAUCAACAUCUUCUCAGCUGACAGGCCCAAUGUGCAGGACCAUGGCCUGGUAGAGGCGUUGCAGCAGCCCUACAUUGAGGCCCUCAGUUCUUACAUCCACCUCAACCGCCCACAGGACCACCUGAUGUUCCCCCGCAUGCUGAUGAAGCUGGUGAGCCUGCGGACUUUGAGCAGUGUGCACUCGGAGCAGGUCUUUGCUUUGCGCCUUCAGGAUAAGAAGCUUCCACCACUUCUGUCUGAGAUCUGGGAUGUACACGAAUAGACAUUUUGGAUGGACUGGGGAAGAGGUAGAUCCUCCUUCAUAUACCUCUCUCCCAGCAGCGCCAGCAGACAUGCUUCCCCAUAGCAAGUCUUUGGACUCAGCAUAAGCCUUACAGUGGCUGGACUGGGAUCCCGCCAAAAGAAUUGAGUCAAGUGAGCUACUAAGCACUUUUUUUUCUCCUCCUCCCCAUCUACUCAUCAUCUUUCUUCCACUACUUCAGAUUUGGUGGAGGGGGAGAGGUCAGUCACCACCUUCCUUCUGAGUGGGGAGAGGGAGAAGUUGUAAAGAAACUUCUCCCCAAAGACUGUAUUCCCUCCUGUUUGUGAGAAGCAAACAGCUGUGCCCUGCCUUGUGCUCUGCUUUGGCAACCUACAACUGUUUCUCCUUAGGGAAGGGAAGAGUAUUGCAGUGGAAAAUAAGAGAGGGGUUGCCAUAUACCUGGUGUGUGGGGCAGAUACCCAGAAGAAAUAAACUCAUCAUAAAAAUGAAA